GUAAAUAUCAAAUCAAAAGUGAAGUUUCGACUAAAAUUUCAAAACACUACACUUCCUUUUUUCUUAAUGUUUAGUGUGAUAUUCGAGAUUAUUCUUUGUAUAUGAUUAGGGCAACGUUCUCCAAUAUAUAUUCAAUGAGGUGUGAUGUAUCAAAAGAAAAUUCUUUUAUAAUUCUGCUCAAUGUUACUCCUAAAGUUUUCAUUGGAGUUUGAAUUUUUAUUUAUCUAAUGGUAUAAUAGGGCUGCUCAAUUGAACGCGAGUAACUACAUAUGAUUUCCUAAUAAAUAUUUCAUUACCAAAUUGAGUUGAAACUGAAGAAUACAAUAUGGAAAGUUUCAAGGUUUGAGAAAAUUAUAGGAUUUUAGACAUAAUGUCGGAAGAAGGAAUUCAAAUCAUCAAAGAAAUACUGGUGGAUACUCAAUUGAUUCAGUUUUUGAUUCCUAUUAGAGAUGAUCUACAUUUAACAAGAUUAGAGCAUUUUGAUUAUGUCACAACUGAAGAUUUGGAAAAUAUUGGGCUUAGUAAGCCAGGAGCAAGACGAUUAUUAGAUGCAGUGAAGAAAAAAAGGGCUAGUCAAAAGAAAAAAAAUCUCAUCAAUAAACUCAUUCCAGUUAAUAGCAAAGGUAGCACAAAUAAAAAACAAGGGGAGAAGAUUGUGGACAGUGAUUUUACUUCUUGUCUUAUUGAAGAAAGCAAAAUAACACUCUCAGUUAAAUUGGGAGAUGGUUCCUUUGGAGUUGUAAGAAGGGGAGAAUGGAGUAGUCCUCAUGGAAAAAUUAUACCAGUAGCUGUUAAAGUUUUGAAAGCUGAUGCAUUAGCUCAGCCAGGAGUUUUUGAGGAUUUCAUAAAAGAGGUUCAAGCAAUGCAUGUUUUGAGCCAUAAGAACCUUAUCAGGCUGUACGGUGUGGUUUUAUCCCAACCUAUGAUGAUGGUUACCGAGUUAGCUGCAUUAGGCUCACUUCUAGACUAUCUCAGGAAGCAAUGCCAGCAUGUACCAGUGCCGCUCCUUUGUGAAUAUGCCACUCAAGUAGCCGAUGGAAUGGCUUAUCUUGAAAACAAAAGAUUCUUGCACAGAGAUUUAGCUUGUAGGAAUGUGUUACUAGCCAGUGAAGACAAGAUCAAAAUUGGGGAUUUUGGCUUGAUGAGAGCUCUACCUCAAGAAGAGGACUGUUAUGUGAUGAGCGAACACAAGAAAGUACCGUUUCCUUGGUGUGCCCCGGAAUCCUUAAGAUCGAGACAGUUCAGUCAUGCUUCAGAUACUUGGAUGUUUGGUGUAACAGUUUGGGAAAUGUUUUCGUUCGGUGAAGAUCCCUGGAUGGGUUUAAUAGGUUCCCAAAUACUCAGAAAAAUCGACAAAGAAGGUGAGAGACUUCAUCAUCCAGAUGCUUGUUCUCCCGAAAUAUACAAGAUACUCCUACAAUGCUGGGCAAAAAAUCCAGAAGAGAGGCCAUCAUUUGCCGCUCUCAAGGACUUCUUCAGGAAGAACAAAUCCCCUUUGAUGAGGGCACUAAGCAAGCUGGACGAACCGGAACAUCUGCAUAUUUUGGAGGGGGACCAGAUUGCGAUAAUAGAUGGCAAUGCCGAACUCUAUUGGUGGAAAGGCCAAAAUCAAAGAACCUUCCAAAUCGGCACGUUCCCUAGAUGCAUUGUAGACCCCAUGAGACCGAUACAGACUGACGACAUCAGUAAGCCCCUUCACAACUCUCUGAUUCAUACGGGCCAUGGGUCAGCCUUCGGAGAGUCUUGGGGCAGUCCAUCCUAUAUCGACGAAAUGUAUCUAAAGAAUCCGAUGGAGCCCCCGGACGUUAUAGGCCUGGGAAUCAACGAAAAACCCUUCCCCCAGCUGACCGAUAGGAAGAAGUCGACCAGAGGAAGUAUCGCCUCGCACAAGAUGGCUACCGAGAAGCAGUUCUCCUAUAAGAAAUUGAUGAACGAGAAGAACGAUACGACGAAGAGAAACAAGCCUCAAAGGCCUCCGGAACCUAGGUUGGAGACCAACCGAGAAGCAGUUCUCAUACAGUUGUCACCGGACGAAAUGGUUUCCGGCAAGGCGAAAACCAAAAGGGACACUUCUAAAAGUGAACCUCCUUGUGUUUCGCUCAUCGAUACUCCGAUAGAUGUACCCCAAUUCGGUUGCGAAGAAGAUUGGCCUACGAGAACAGUAACGGAGCCUCCACCAUAUCAAGAACCACCAAUAUACUUCAACACAUUAAGCACUGCGCAAGAGGCACCUCAAAACUUAGCCAAAGACCCUUUCGACACUUCGGAUAUUCAGAUAUUCAACACGAGUCCAAACGUGUCUUUGGGGUUCAAGAAGAGCGAAGCUAAAACCCCCACAAUGUACAGCAAGGUUCCAAAAAACCUAGCUGAAAGUUUCGGAGGGUUGUCGAUAUCCAACAACGAUUCGAUCCUCGAUAAAAGUAUUAAUUAUGUGAUAGAUAGUAAGAAGGAGCACGAAAAACACGUACCGAUCUCGAGAAAUAGCAGUGUUCAGAUCGAGCCAGUGAAAACAACAAAUCUAGCCAACGCCAUCACAAAUAACCUGAACAACACAGAUCCGGUAUCCGACACAAGCAUGAGUAACGAGUUCCUGCUGGACCUGGAUAAGUAUCUCAAGAGCAAGAACAGGGUGGAAUACAACUCGGUGAACACGAAAAACGAACCUAAAAACACCAACCAGAUCCUUCAAGGUCAAAGUCUGCCCCCGUCAUCGAACAAGAGCCAAAAGGAGGCGAUUGGACAAGCUCAGUCGGCUUACAGUUCCCUACCUACAAGCACGGCGUCCGCCGUCAACAGGAUAUGGUACGAGUCGACCCAGAACGUCAACAUGGCGCCCUCUUCCGGCGCCAACUACGUCAUCCAAACGGAAUACGGCGAAUUCAAGAGCAACAGACGCUACGACCCCGUAUACGCCUCGACCUGUUCCAACUUGAACGUGUCGCGUUACAGCGUGCUGGAGAGCGGCAGCAACCUCAACAGUUCGUCGUACGCGAACCAGUCCCAGUGCUACCAGAACACCUACAGUCCCGAACGGUUGGGCUUGCAGUCUUCGAGGAACUCCUACAGCUCUCAGAUGGGGGUGUACGGCGGUUCCACCAGCGAGUAUUCGGUCAGGUCUUACGGGGAGGUUCCGGACGGGGUUUAUAGUGAGAUUCCGGAACACUUGUACAGUCAGGUGCCUGUCGAGGUGUUGAGGCCUCACAGGCCGGCUCCUGCCUCUCCUAUGGGCGGGUUGGGUCAGCCGCAAAGCAUGCAGCAGAUUCAGAGGAGGAUCCAGAAGGGAAUUCUCUGUUCCGAUGCUGAAAGGCUGAUGAGUCCGGAAUAUAGGAAUGCAAAAGUGAGCCAAGUGAUGAGCAGUGUGCCAAAUAUAACUUCGGAAGAAUGUUUAAAGGUUCUUCAAGAAUGUGGCUGGGACGUUGAAACUUCUAUAAAAUCUCUUAAAAUCGAUCAGUUGAUGAAGUUGGGGCUGACUUCGAAAGAAAAAUGUGAGGAUGCUCUACAGAGAAGCAACUGGAACGUGGAAAUUGCAGCUUCUGCUAUCCUUGACACUUGAACAUUCUGCAAAGAACCAUUUUUAAAUUGAUAUAUUAUUUCCAAAAACUCAUUGUGCCAUAAAUGAGAUAUAGAAAGCUGAAGGAAAGAUAGCUUUUCGAUGUCCUUAAUUUUGUGCACAAUUUUUUAAAAUGUUCAGACUUGUUGAAUAUGUAUAUAAUACUCGAAUAUCCAUAUCUGAUAAUAAAUGUAUGUAUAUGAAAGGAAUUUCAGGUUAUCCAAGUUUGUUCAAUGUUUACCCUUAGCUCAAUUUUAUUUUCUUUUUACUUGCUCUCUAAUUGAAUGUAUCACAAUUUAUUCUUUUCAACUCAAAAUAUUCAUAUGGAUCUCAUUUUAUUUUCAGACCAAAGCAUUUGACCUGUUUUGCCCUAGUAUUAUGCAUUGGCAAUUAUUUUUAGCCGUUCUUGUUAAUAAACUUUUAAAGAAAAAAAAGACGAUUUACUGACUUGCCUAAACAAAUUGAAACAUGCAAAAAGAAUAUUUUCGUUAUAAAAACUGUUGAGAAGAUUUAUGUGUGAGGAAAAGUUUAUAGAAAACACAAAAUAAAAACUCAUGAGUA